GGGAGAUAGCUCAGAUCCCAGAAGGAAGUCAGCAGUAGUGCAUUUCCAAGGACCUGCUCAGCUCUGCCCACAUUUCUCUGCCUGUCCAGCAUCAUGAAGGUCUCCGUGGCUGCCCUCUUCAUCCUCCUCUUCAACUUGGUCCUCGGCUUCCAAGACUCCUCUCAAACAAAUUAUGUUUACACUCCAUCCAACUGCUGCCUCUCCUACACUUCCCGGCCACCACCCCAAAAAGUUGUGAUUGCCUAUUUUAAAACCGGCAGCGAGUGCACCAAGCCUGGUGUCAUUUUCUUCACCAAAAAGGGUUACCAUGUCUGUGCUAAUCCCAGGAGCGACUGGGUGCAGAAAUAUGUCCGGGACCUGGAGCAGAAUUCCUGAGUUGUCUAGAAGAAACCAGUUAGAGGGGUGGGUAGACUGGGGAGCAGGAACUUGAACUAGGGGAAUAACCUCAUAACCCCAGAUGUCCUUCUCCUAUAGGUCCCUCCUUUCACUAACCAUACUCUAAAAUCUUUCAUAACUUUAGUUUAUGCAAGCCAUUUAAAUAUUCUAAAUUGUUUUACUCCUUGGAUGUUUUCUCUGAGAAAUCUUAUUGCAUCCUCUUAUCCCCACCAUCCCUUCCCACUGGGCUAUGAGUCCCAGUGGCUGACUCAUAUUUAGAAUGAUCCUGCUGUUCUCUCUAGGUAGACAUUGAACCAAAUCCAUCCACAGAUGCUUACUGAGUUUUUCUGAGCCCUUUACUCUGCUAAAAAUGCCAGAACAAUAAAGAUACUUUUCAUGUUUUUAAGUAAACCUCAGACAUAUGGUUAUUCCAUUGUUUUUGUUUUCCUAAAAAAUCCAUUUCAAUGGUUGAAAGGAAUAAAAGGGAAUGAUUAGGGGGGACAUCUGAGUAGGAAGGGAAGACAAGAGAAAGAGGAUGAGUG